GAACCAUUUGACUAUUUCAAUGCUCAACAAAAUAUCAUCAUCAAGACCAUCUCAACUCUCAAGACACUCAAGAUAUUCUCAAUAGCAAGUUUAAAUCAUUCAUGCCAUCUCAUCUAGUAACAAAUUGGCUCAGGCAGAUCUUAACACCUUAUGCUCAUCGAGAUCAAGUCUUUACUCAAGUCGAAUCUGCCCUUCAAGCUUAUCCAUCACUCUCUCCCAAGACUGAAUCAUAUACCUUCGAUGAUGGACGAGCUGCACUCUUACUUUGUUUGUCGGGCACUAUUCCAGUGACUUAUCGAGCUGCUCGUUAUAACAUCCCUAUUGCGAUUUGGAUUCCUCAUGAUUUCCCACUACAGCCUCCGAUCGUUUAUGUGACACCAACCAGUGAAAUGGUUAUUAGAAAGAGUGCUCAUAUCGAACCUUCAGGUCAAUGUCACGCCACUUAUCUUCAAUCAUGGACUUCGAAACCGGAGGCUUGCUCUCUAUCCCCAUUAUUGAUUCAUUUGCAAGAUCUGUUCUCUCGCGAACCUCCUCUGUAUGCAAAGCCAAAGCCAUCACAAUCACCAAUUUCAAACGCAUCUUCACUUGUGCCGUCUCCUUCCACUUCUUCAGCUCGACCACCGCCACCACCACCACCACCUAUUCCCCUGCCACUCCGACCUACUCAACCCUCUACUAUGUCUUUCCCUGAGAUGCCUCAGACUGAUCCUGCUAACAGACCCCUCCCGCGGCCUCCUCCACUUUACACUCGUACCACUUCUUGUACUCCAAGCAAUGCUCAACAAUUUCCACAUCCACUGCCUCACUCCCUACAACUUUCGCAUAUUCAACGCUCUACUUCUCUCCAUUCGGCUCAUCCUCCCCAUAACCUCAUGCCGCGCAGUCUUACCCAUAUCGGUACCCGCAAUUCAAGAUCUGAUGACGAAGCCUCUAGUCCCUCUCGACCUAACUCGUUUGUCGCUUCACCUGCACUUGAACAACGUGUCAGUCAGAUCACAUUGAACUCUCAAACUCCACCACCUAAUCUCUUAGAUGACAUUGACCAAGGUACAGAACACAAUUCAAUACAAAGCUCGUCUAAACCUACAUCUCAUCCACCACCAAGACCUCCAAAUCCAGCAUUACUAGCCCUAAGAAAAGCAGUUCAUGCAAAGCUUCAAAACGAACUCUCAAACUUAAAUUCAUCACUCACAUUUGAACAUGGUCAAUUAAUGGUACUGCAACAUGAUUUACUGAAAGGUGAACCUGCGAUCAUUGAUGAAUUGGCUAGACUAGAAGCCGUUAAGGAAGUUUGUGUAGGAGUAGGGUAUCGAUAUGAAAGCCUUGUAUCAGAAUUGAAGCAAAGGAUACAAGAAUUGAGAGAAAGGAAACCGGUACCAGUUGAUGAACUUGUUUGCUCAAAUACAGUACUUUAUAAUCAAUUGUUAGAGCUGGUUGCUGAAGAUCAAGCUAUUGAUGAUACAAUUUAUCAUUUAUCAAGAGCUUUGAAUAAUUCAGAUGUAGCUAAGAUUGAUUUGGAGAAAUUCUUAAAGAGAGUAAGAGCAUUAGGACGAGAGCAAUUUUUGAAAAGAGAGACAAUUAAUCGAAUUACACUUGAAUUGGCUAUGAUGCAUCAUAGACCAAAUAAUUUUUCUACUCCUACACCUGCUGCUAGACUUCAAUCAUGAAAAUUAAGUCUGUAUUUUUUUUAGAUUUUUUAUAGAUCCGGUUUAGGUCUUUUUUCCCUCGUCAGAAUUGUAUAAGGAGAAAUAAUGAUUUUGUAUGUAGGUUGAGGUUUUCAGCAUGGCCUGAAGAGAUUCUAAGUUUGCAAGCAAGAUUUUGAUAUUUUGUUUAGGUU